CGCGGAGAGGGAAGUUGUGUGCAAUUUAAUCCCAAUUAAACGACAUUGAUACAUCAUGAUCACGAGAUUAACUAUUAUUGUCCAUAUUUGGAAUGUUGACAACAAUGGGAUUACUUUAUACGUCUGACAUGUCUUACAAAUUUAAUAGAUACUCUGAAUGAUUUGAGAACAGUGAAAAAUGAAAAUGGAUAGAUACCUUCGUUUUAAUCUUGGUAUAUUUGUACUUGCACAUUUACAACUUACAACUGCAGACAUUUAUUUACAUAAUCCACGGGGAGGUAACAACAGAUUAGAUGAGGAGAACAGAGAAGUUCAAAAUCAAAACAGAAUGUUUGACUCACAAAACAACAACAGAGGAGGAUAUAAUGUAGGAGGACUACUUUAUUAUGCUGGAUCUACAUUACCCAUAGAAUGGACAAAUCAGCAUUCCUGUAUGAACCCAAAUAGUCAUUGUGAAUUAGUAAUACAGUAUAUGUGUGGUGACUUAGUUAGAGAUGGAGCAUCCAGAACUACAAUAAGAUUAGAAAAUUCUCAAUGUAGAAACUUUGAUUGCAACACAGAUUUUGAAUAUGGAAUGAAUGAAAACUUUGAGUAUUACCAGAACUGUAGAUACAGGUUGAGAAAUAGAGGUCUCUUUAUUGCUGACCAGAAUUUAGGAGGAAAUCGUAAAUAUGCUAGAAAUACAAGACAGAACCCUACUGGGAAUCGAUAUGGGUAUGAGUGUCCUGAGGAAAGAGAUUAUUAUCCAUACUGGGAGCCAUCUCCAUGGAAGGAUAUUGUUGUUAUGACAAAUGAUGUUACAAGAUGCCCAUACUAUCAAGAAGAAAGUCAGAAUGUAAAAUCACGCUGGACGUGUGUUGUGCCAAAAAACGUAACAGAAAAGUACACUGGAAAAUUUGACAUACCAAACAACAAGGCAGACUGUGAGGCAUUUCGUUAUCCUAAAAAUGAUGCUAAUGGUGCAAAGGCUUCAUGGACAGAAAUACCAUCUCAUGGUAUACCAGCCCCUGAUUGCAGAGAAACACAAUUUUCAAGAGAUAAUCACCUUGGUAACGGUAUUGGUGGACAACCAUUAGUUUACAACUGGACCAUACCAAACAGCCUCAACCAUGAACAAUGUAUCAUGAGAAUGAGGUACAAUAUAUCCACUGGUGAUUAUGAUGGCUGGAACACUACAGCAGCAAAUAUCGCCUCCGCCAAUGAAAAAUUUUAUAAAAACCUUGGAUUUAGUGAAGAAGAUGCUGCAUCAGACAGAGGCUUUGUAUUUGAAGACAAUCCUGAAAUCAAACUUUUCAAUGAUCUAGGUUUAGAAUUGGAAUUAGCUGUUAAUACUGCACAAUUUGGAAGGACAUUUCAAGAUAGAUCUUUCAUAUUUGCUGUGCGUCCACAGCCUAGCGAGACCAGUGGAAAAGCCAUACAUAAUCUAAAUGUUAGAGGAAAGAGAGGAAACAUUGUAGAAGUUUUCCCAUCAGUAGAGUAUGAUUUUGUACCCAAUAAUUUAGAAGCUGCAAAUGGUGACUACGUCCAUAUUCAAUGGACAGGGUCCAAUACAAACAAUGCGGGGAAUGAUGGGAAUGGUCAGGCUAGGUCAGAUAGAAACAAUAUUGUCUUGCUGAAUUCUCAAGUCUACCCUGAAGGCAGUGGCAUUCAAUUUGGUCCUGGUGCAAAAUAUGGACAAUACGGAACUAACUAUCCAAUGCACCUUGAUAAUUCUACAUUCUUAGGACUAUCUAGAGAAGAUAGAGAAAAUCUGGCUUUUAAUGUUCCAGGUGCCUUUGGAGGAGAACUAUCACAACUAGAUGAUGCUAGCCCUUACUUUAAUCUUGGAAUUAGAAAAAUCAGUCAGCUGGGGACCUUUCAUUACAUGUGUACUAGAAACAAUGACUUCUCCAAUCGUGACCAGAAGGGACGUAUAAUGGUAUCCAGUAGUCCAACUGUAUAUGAGUCGAUUGGUUGGAUGGGAGGUCAGCUCAAGAUACCAGAUAGUAAAGCAUGGGUGAAAGUUGAACAAGGAACAUUCAGUAAGCUUCAUACACUGAAACUAAAUGAAUGGAGUUCAAAUGAUGGAUUGAAUCUUAUGAAGUCUAAAGGAGGAGCUAUAUCUGUUGGUGAUGAUUUUGCAAGUGAUUUUAUUGUUUUGGCCCCAGAAACUAAACUGACAGAUAAUGGGAAGAAAGUUACCAUCGGGAUAGACAUUAAUGAGGACGCUAGUGAUAUUGGUAUUUAUAGAUCAAAUACAGAAAAUUUUGGUGGAUGGACAAAGGUUGACGCAUCCAUCAAUGGUGGAAUGGCAGAAUUCCAAACGGAUCAGGGUGGAGUUUUUGUUGCCAGGUCCCAUACUAAUGUUGGACCAAUUAUUGGCAUAGUAGUAGGAUUAUUAGUUGUAGCAUUAAUUAUAAUAGCAGCAGUGGUUUAUUUUAAGAAAAAUCCAACAAAAUGGAUGGCUAUGAAAGGAAAUGCUAAAUAUGUUGAAAAAUCUCUCUCAAAUAAAGUAUGAAAAUGAAUUAUAUCUGUAAUAAUUGAUAAAUUUUAGUAAAUUGUAGAAACGGGUAAAAUAUCUUUAUAUUAUAAAAUAUUUUGUUAACAAUAGAGUACGGUAGUCAUUUAAUCUGAAGUGGAGAAAGAAAAUAUGCUUUCUGAUAUUCGAUUUUAGGCCCCCAAAAAUGAAAUAGAAGAUUUUAUGCAAAAAAUAAUGAAAACACUCUUUGAUUCAUUAGUAAGAGUGUAUUUAUUAUGGUUCUCAAUAGUAACCUCUCUUGAAAAUAUGUUUUUUUAUUGAAUGUUAAUUAAGAAAGGAUUGUCUUUGAUUUGAUUACUUAUUUUCAGUAUUUUUAAGAAUUGGCAUAAUUAUUUUAAAUAUCAAAUACUCAGUAUUAAAAUAAAAUUAUGAUUUUGUUAUGAAUUCAAUGAUGUUUUGUAAAUGAUUUUAAGCAUAUCAUGUUGACAUGUCUCAGAACCAAUAAUCAAUUUUAUUUUUUUCUGUUUUUAUAGCGUAAAUGCUAUAUAUAUAUUGAGUAAUACACAGGUUUCUGUGUAUUUUGUUGUUACUGAUAGGCAUUAAGUACAUGAUGAAAUUUUAGACAAAAGAACAAACUUGUCACCAUUGUGAGAUUUUUAAAAAAAAAUUUCUAUGAUAUAUAUGGUAACAAAUACUACAAAUGCAAUAAUAUUAGAAAGGAUACCAAGCACUACCUAAAAUAUUGGAUAGUACAACCGACCAUGCCAAUAUGCUACUCCCUACAUUCCUUUAUAAACAUAUGUUUAUAAACUUUAUCAUAUCUAAAGCUUUUUAAAGCUGUUAUUUAUUGCGGAAAUGACCAAUGUUUUGAGGUGGCAUGCACCAUCUUGAUUAAAAAAAUUCAUCAGGACUGUUAUAACUGCACUUGAGAUGUUUUCUAUAACACUUUUUUUUUUAUUUCUGCGCAAGUAUUUAUUGCUUGUUGUCUUGGAUUUACCAAAUGAGAUUAUUUAAUGAAAACAAAUCUUUGUAUUAUAUUAUAUUAUGUAUAAAUCUGUUGUCAAAAAAUUAACACAUAUCUAUGCAAAUCUUGGAACAAACUAAGCUUCAGGAAACUAAAUAAGUUUAAAUUUAGUGAAUCAUUUAUCAUUCUCAUAUUAUUGUUAUUAUUUAUUUGUUUAUAAGAACAGGAACAUAGAUUUUAGAGAGAGAAAAAAAAUUAAUAUAAGUAAUGGUAAUUUGAAAAAUGUUGUUUGUUAAUUUUAAGUCAAUUUACUUUUGAAAAAAAGGUAAUGCAGUCAUGAAAGUAAUUGAAAAUUAAUUUUUAGUUUUAUAUUUUUUUUAAAUGUCAAUUCUAUCUUAGUUACGUAAAUAUUUCCUCACACUAAAUUACACAGAUACAAAAUUAUGAAGUAUUUUAUAAGGGCAAAUAAUCUCAGGGAUUCUUAGUAAUCAUGCAUUGACUAGUAUUAUGCUUCCAAUGAAUAUCAAAUUUAUUAAGAAAUGUAUUAAAUUUACUAGUGCUGUUAGUAUUAAAUGAUCAUCAGUGUGUGUGUUAUUGAAAAGGUCUAGACUUUAUUUCUGAUAUUAGUAUUCCAACCUGAAAUAUGAUAUUAAUAUCUGCAUCAUUUUGACACAACACUGUUUAGAAAUUAUUGAAUAUUUGUAUGCUUAAUAAACUAUUCUAAAAGUAAUUUUAAUAAAGGUUAAAGGAGAUUUUUGAAAGAAAUUAUCAUAUCUCGGACAAAAUGAAAUGUACAAUUUUUUUGACGUACAUGUAGUUUUGCUUCAUUUAAAAGCUUAUAAAAUAAACCAGAUUUUUGUGUGUCAUUUUUUCUGACUGGAAUGAAUAAUUCAUAUAAUUAUCUCUCAUUAUAUUCAAUAUUACAACUUGCCACAACAGCUAAAAAUGUCAUUAUGCAUUAUAGUAAAAACUUCUUUUUUAACAAUGAAAUAAAAAUGAAAUCAUCAUAAAACAUAUUUUGGGAUUGUAAUUAAUAAUCAUGUAUCUGUUAUGUUACAUGAAGGGAUAUUUGUCACAGUCAUAUCAUACAACAGUUAGAUUAUAUAUUGAUAUGUUUAUAUAUUAAUGUUUUAUAUAUGAAAAGCUGCUGGUCAGCAUUAAAAUAUUUUUACAUAA